AAUGCACCUGUAACCUCUCAGGAAACAGAGAGACCUUCAGUCUCUGGGGCUCCUUCUGCAAAAACAACUGAAAUGAAAACAAAAGACAUACCGGAGAUUUCUGACACGACACUUGCACCAAAUGUCAAUAAAAGUACCUCAAAGACUUUGGAAUCGGAGGAAGCUAGAGAACACCAGCGCAUUUCGGAUUUAUUAAAGAGAAUUGAGCAGAAGCAAGCCAUGGGGCCCCAGUAUGGAGUAGGAAUGCAAGCCUUUAGUGGUGCUUCACCUGAAACAACUGUGAAGAAAGAGAAAGUCUUACCAGAGAAUUCUGCCUCAUCUUCAGUAGUUGAAGAAAAGACAUCAGAGUCUAUGACGAAGGUUGAGCCCAGACGAUUCAAAAACUUUUUUUCUAUCUUGGAAAGAUUUUACAAGAAGGACCCAGGUCCCUCCCAGACUCCGGAGGAACCUCCAGUUCUUGAAACUACUUCCAAAGAAAUAGGAAAACCAAGAAAAAAAGGUACUGAGAAUGUCCCAGACAUUAAACAGAUAUUUUGUAGAGAUGAAGAGUUUGAACCUCAUGAUGAGGGGUCCUGGGAAGAAUAUAAAAGCUAUUUCCCGGGUGGUGUCCGUGUGUCAGAAUCCAGACAUACCAUGACUUCCACCAUGGUAGGGAGUUAUACAGCACAGGCAGGAGACACAGAUGUUGAAGAACAACAUCAAGAUCUUGAUAGUAAAGAAUCGUUUCCUGAUGUGAUGGAAGUUCAACAAUGGGAACAAAGAAAAGUGUCAAGUACUUUAUCUCCUGCGGUUGACACACUGUUUGUAAAGACAUCAACAUCCUCGGACGACAACCACAUAUCAAUAAGAAGGAAAAGAGGAAGAAAUGGAGGAGGCGCUAGUACUGAUUAAAAGAAUGAGUUUGGCAAUGUU